GACCCUCGCCUCACUCCCAAGUCUUUAUGUUUUCCUGUCUCACCUCUUCCUCCCCUCGCUCUGUGUUUUCUGCUUGUUGUAAGUACUUCCACUUUAGCUCGUAGUACUCUAAAUGCUGUAAGGCUUCCUGAUAGCCCUCCUGAGUCUAGUCUGACAGAGCUCUGUUCCAAAAAUAGUGCCUCCUUUGUAAACAGCAGAGCAAUUAGGUGUUUGGAUGGUUAAAACGUCUGCUACCUAUCAGCCUCCACUCCAUCAUUUAGAUGCAUCUCACAUGAUCACCAAGGCAUCAGGUGAACCUGCUCAUUCUUAUCCUCUCUAAUUACAACUCACUUGACUCUUUCAAAGCCUCCAGGUGAUCAAUUACUCCGUCUGUGCACUGACGCCGAAAAUAUUGUAAACUCAGCGAGGAGUGGUGAUUGCAGCCUUUGUUAUGAUGGCGUUGCAUUAGGCUAUCAAUGUGAGUGCUUAGUUUUGAUUGACAUUUAUUAACUGGUGAGAGUGUAAUUUCUGAAGUGAUCCAUUACCCACAUGUUAAAUUACUGCAGCACGUUUAUUUUGUUUUUGCAGAACAAAUAUACAAUUUAGAGGUCAAUUGGAAGGCAAGAAAAAUUACUAGAGAUCUUCUUUAAGAUCACUCUAAAUGUGCUAACCAAAUGUACCCCUUCACUAAGUAAAAUACUUAUUGUCUAAGUGUUAGAGGCACCGUCCUGUUGUGCAGCUGUUGUCGUGUGGUUUGUUUUUACUCCAAAGGUCCCGUAAUAAAGUCAGCGUUCAGUCUGUACUCGUCUCUGUGGCUCUCCGUCCAGGUCAGCAGGUGUGGAUUUGUAGCAUGCUGAGUAAUAUGUAUUCUUUUCUUACAGGGAGUCAUUGGUGGUAAACAUUAGAUUAAAGCAUUGCAGGUGUGUGAGAUUACAGACAUAAGUGCUGUGUGCUCUCAUCACCUGCAUGUGCAGCCUUAAAAACCUAGAAUGAUGCAUCAGCAUAAUUACGAAGCCGUGCGGCCCACUUCAACCAGCCAGCAGGUCAAUCAUCGCCAUAGCUUUGCGUGGUGAAACUGGCCCAUUUCUCUUUAUUUACGAGUAAAUCCCUGAGAACUGUGGAGCUUGGAAAAUCAUAAGUUUCCCAUAUGUUCCCACAGAAGAGUCGCGGAAAAACGUACUAAAACUUAUUUUCUGCUUGCAAUUGUUUACAGAAAACAAAAUAUCAACUACUUUUUUAAAUGCUUCUAGUUUUAAAGUACUGUGAUGGUAAAAAAGGUAAGUACGCCUGCUUUCAGUUUUAAUUUUCUACAUUUGAGACACCAAAAUCAUCUUAAAAUCAAGUAAAUGUAACCACUUUAAAACAACUGAACCAUGCUAUUGGUUGUCUUUCAAGAACUAAGUAAAGCGUUAAGGGGAUAUUGCUUGCCUAUUCUUGGUUUCGAUAGUUUUUGGGUGUUUUUUUUAAAUGAAAGAACUUAUUUGAAAACUAUCGUUUAUUUUAUUUAUUUUUACACAGAUUAUUUACUCAGAUAUUAAAAAUCAUGUGACCAUCUGAAAAUUUUAGAAGGAUCGUCACAUGAAGUAAAAAUGGAAGAAAUAUGUAAGAAUUGGGGAUACUUUUUUAUUGCAUCAGCACAGAUCUUUAUAAAAUGGCUGCUUCUGCCCUUAAAUCUGAGAAGGAUUGUAUGAACAAAUUGGAGUUAAAAAAUGAUCACAGAAAAUUUGCAAAUUUGCAACCUUAUAGGAACCAGAUUUUACAACAAAUUCACCAAGGUUUUAGACCACAUAUUGUUCUGAAAACUAUUACAAGUUUUAAGUUAUAUCCGAUAUUCUACAGAUCUCAGUUACCAUAGUAAAUAUUUGUGGUACAGUUUGUGCAAAAAAAAAAAACUGUAUGAUUUUAUAGUUUUAAAAAAGUACAGGAAGAAAGUAAAGGAAGUUGUUUCUAACAUCGUGCAACUAAGUAACAGUUUUGUGUUCCUUUAGACACCUGACACCAAAGUGGAGCCAUUAACUAGUUUUUGCACUGGGUGAAGACUGUAGUAAGCAUUUUAGGCAACACACUUCAUACCAGUUUACAAGCUGAUAACAAAACACAAGUUAUUUUCUGCUUGCUUUGUAGCAAGGCGCCUUGAAUUCCAUCCGUCGACUAUAAACACCUCAGUUUCCUAGAGUAAUUCAGAGUAAAAUGUGAAGCCAUCCGACAGCUCAUGCUGGGCCACAAAACUGGGUCAUACUUCAGCAUUACGAUUCCAGAAACAGCAGCAAGACUAUAGCUGCUACUGGAGAUGAAAAUCACCUACAUGUCAAAAUGAAUAAGGCAAACCAAUGAUAAACUGUGGACCAAAACUUUUCUUUUGAAUGAGAGAGACUGACUAUGAGACAAAAAAAAAGAAAAGAAAAAAAAAGAUGAUUUCUUCAGGUGAUUGCUGCUAAAUGAUCCCGAGGUUUGUUUUAGGUUUUCAGGUUCCAUUUCUGUACUUUGGGUUAGUGUUUGUUAGGUGGAACAUGUUUUGAGUCGUCUGUGGUUGUGUUUGCCUGAUUUUAAGAUCUGGGAAUAAGCUGAUGAUUUUUAUAAAGUCCUGCUACAUAAGACAUUGACAUUGAAAGAAGAUUUACCUACCUUUUUACCAGAACUAAAAGAUAAAAUUUGAGUCUCAUGAAAUUUACUCCUACCACUUCAACUAACUUAACUGAAAACUCUUUUACUCUCCGGCCUUGUACGUUUGUGCGUCUGUCUCUCGUCAAUCCUCUCUUGAUCCUUUCUUCUCGUCCAACCGUGUCUGUUUGUCCGUGGUCCCACAUCGUAUCUUCCAGUGGGGCUGUGGAUAAGGGUGGGCAGGGCGGAGCUGGACCCUCACCAGGGGCCAGUGACAGCGGGGGUGGCGCUUGCUCCAGUACAGGAGCUGUGCCAAGUCGCAGCGACAGCAUUCGGAGCAUGGUGACGGGGGGCAGCAAGGCCGGGCGCUGGCAGACCGUCCAGAGCCACAUGCAUACCGGAGCCCUGCGGUUUAGCAAUUUCGGGGAUGCUUCCCUCUCGUCUGCCUCCACUCUGGAGCACAUCCCGUCAUCGGCUGUCGCGCGUCCCCGGCCUCUUGUCCGCCAGCAGAGCCUCCAACAGCCCCUCACCCACCAGCCCCCUCCGGGUCCCAAUGACCCCCCGGUCACCUCACAGAGCCUGGGUCAGUUGCACACAGGCCCAGGCGGCGGGGGCCACCGUGGGGGCCCGCGGGGGGUCCGGGGGAGUCCGGCUGGAGCUUCCAGGUAUAGAGGGACAGGGGCUGGCCGAUCACGGUCAAAUCCAGGGAGCUGGGACCACAUGAUGGAGCAGAUUCGCCACAGAGGUCUGGACGUCAAGUCAUUCCUUGAGGGGAAGAUGGUUGUUCUGUCUCUAGCAAUCGGGCUGGCUGAACAGGAUGACUUUGCCAACCUCCCAGAUCUUCAGGAAGCUCCGGCAAGCAAAGAAAAUGAAACCACACCAGAUAAAAGAACUCCAGGAAACAAACCAGGCAGCAGUCCCAGAGGUCAGACCCCAGAUGAAACUGGACGUCGCCAGGGGCAGAACCACGAAGCCAACUCUACUGUCACAGACUUAGCCAACUCGGUCACCAGUGACGUGCUUAUGCUGUCACCAGGUUCUGAGGAGGAUGAACACGAGGGUCCAGUGUGUGAGAAACUGGGUCGCAUUCAGUUCAGUGUUGGAUAUAGCUUUCAGGACUCGACUCUCACUGUCAAAAUUCUCAAAGGCCAGGAUUUGCCUGCUAAGGAUUUUUCAGGCACAUCUGAUCCUUUUGUGAAAAUCUACCUACUCCCAGACAAGAAGCACAAAUUGGAGACUAAAGUGAAGAGGAAGAAUCUAAACCCUCACUGGAAUGAGACAUUUUUAUUUGAAGGCUUCCCCUAUGAAAAGGUGGUUCAGAGGACUCUCUACCUGCAGGUUCUUGACUACGACCGAUUCAGCAGGAACGACCCCAUCGGGGAGGUGUCCAUCCCCCUCAAUAAGCUGGACCUGGCCAACAUGCAGACUUUCUGGAAGGAGCUGAAACCGUGCAGUGAUGGCAGUGGAAGUCGAGGGGAUCUCCUUGUGUCCCUGUGCUAUAAUCCCACAGCCAACACCAUCACUGUGAGCAUCAUCAAAGCACGCAACCUCAAAGCCAUGGACAUUGGAGGCACUUCUGACCCAUAUGUAAAAGUGUGGUUGAUGCACAAAGACAAACGUGUGGAGAAGAAGAAGACGGUGGUAAUGAAACGCUGCCUGAACCCUGUUUUUAACGAGUCCUUUCCCUUUGACGUGCCGGCCCACGUGUUGAGGGAGACCACCAUAAUUAUCACCGUCAUGGACAAGGACAGACUCAGUCGCAAUGAUGUCAUUGGAAAGAUUUAUCUUUCAUGGAAGAGUGGCCCCGCAGAGGUAAAACACUGGAAAGACAUGAUAAGUCAUCCCCGUAACACCGUGGCCCAGUGGCACUCUCUCAAAGCCUGAGGGGCCCAGCAGCCAAACAGCCUAAAGUGUUGCCAGUCAAACACCAAGACCCCUACCCCUCUCCCCAAACUCCUCCUCUGAGAAGUCAACGUGAGCCUCUCAGCACACAUCCCUUUUCCCCUAAACGCAGUGUUGGGCUGUGGACCAUGUAUCACCUCUUUGUUCUCAGGCCUCUUUGAUAUUCCUCGCCCUCAGUCCUUGUGAAUGAGCCCUAAAAUUGCACCCUCUUGUCAAGUUCUGAUUGCCACCUGACUCCUUCACAUCGGUUCGUCUGAACUUAAAAAUGUCUUUGAUGUCUUAGCUCUCUUGUGCCCUCUUUCUAUACCAUUUAUUUCCCGAGAUCUCUCAAUCUUUUCUUCCAUCAUAUCGGCCAGUCCUAGAGUCUAACAUCAGAGCAGUGGCUCUUGCUGCCCAUGGAUACAAACUACCAACCAAAAAUGAAUCAAACUGAUAGUCAAAUCAUCCUCUGCGGCAGCAAGAGGGACUGUGUUUGAACGGGUGUGACCUGUGGGAUCCAUGCACCACUUCCCGUCAAAUGUCUUCACUCCUUCCAUUUUCUUCUCUGAUCCUCCAUAUCGUCAAAAUGCCUAAAAAAAAGUCAGGAAUCCGGCACAGAAGAAGUGACAGAGUGAAUUUCAAAUGGACUGGAAGUGGACUCUGUCGUUUAGGUUUUCUUUGAUCAUUGUCCCUCCUCACUGCCACUGCUGUAAUAAUUCUCCCCUGGCUGAAACCCUUUUGUCGUCUGUGCGUGAUGUGGGUGACGUGCUGUAGUCUGAAAUAAUGUUCUUCAAUUAAAAAAAGGGGUAUGAACAUGAACAUUUAACACUGGUUAGAAAAGGUGAGUGUGGAAAAUAUUUUUCUCUUAGAAAAGAAAUCUCUCUGGACCAAAUUUAGGAGCAAAGUGAUUAUUCUAAUUUUUCUUUCUUUUUUGAGGGGGAUAGGUUCAACAACUGUUCUUCCAGACACAUAAAAUAAUGAAAAAGUCUCUUCCAACUCUGUGGUAAUAUGGAUAAAUGUGUGUAUGUGUGAGGGGGUAUUUUAGACCUGCACUGCUAAAUUAAAGCUAUUGAUGUACACAAAACGUUCCUCAUCGUGAAGGUAGAAUUAGUAGAAAUUAUCACCUAAUUGAUGAUUGCUAAAUUCUCUGGAAGGAAGCCCAAAUUAUGAAUGCACAUACAGAAGUCAAGUUUAUUUGUAAUUUCCAACUGGUAGUUUAAAACAAACUUGCAGCACCCGUCAACCUGAUAAAGAUGUGUAUAAAGCCUUAAAGUGAUUUAAUAUUUGGAGUGGCACAUUGUAUAGGGGUAGAGUGUUCGGCUCAUUAUUCGGACACUAGCCGUCCGGGAUUCAAUUCCUGACCUUGGCAUCCUGGAGCCCACUAGUGCCACAAACCAGGAAUAAAGUGAUGUGUUAUAGAAGCACCAACAUUUUCUCAUGUUUUUUUUAUUUAUUUAUUUAAUCUCCCUUCACCAUCUUGCAAACCAUGAGUGGUAAUAGAAUAAAUUUUGGCCAUUGUCCAGCCAUGUUUGUCACAGUUCCAAUUGGUUGAAAGUUGGUUCAAACAUUUCAAUAAUUGCUAUUACUUAUCUGUAUGAGCAAAUUUAGGUGAGUAACUAUUUUCCUGUAAGCAUUUUCUGUCCACUAGAAAUCACAAAUCAUCCUUACCUAAAUAGCAUAUUUUCCUCAGUUUACUAUGUUGGAAAGUGACUGAAAGAGUCACGACGGUGUGUACUUUUUAUUUUAUGUUUCUUCUAAAAUGUUACUUUUUCCCCCCACUGAGUGCACAAAAUGCAUUGAAUUCUGUCACUGCAAUAAAAAACAAAUUUAUUUGAAGGCUGUUUAUACAUCUUUAGUAGGGUUUCAGUUAAUGGUAAAAUGCUCUAUGUGCCUGAUAUGAUCUGUUGAAAAAUAUUAUUGCAAUGGUCUAAAUCAUUUCAGUAUCACAUCAUAAUAAUGUUAGAGAUGUCUUAGUAAAGAGUGCAAAACCUAAAACGUAUGGGGAAUUUUUGUUUGCUUGUCAGUGGAUACUUUAGGUAUAACGUUUAAACAAAUAAUGGCAGAAAUCAAAUAUUUUUUUUAACAAGGUAUUUUUUUAAGUGGUGAAUUUAAAAAAUAAAUAAAUAAAAGAGCCUUAGUGUGAUAAAAUGUGUUUAUUUAGGUACAUUGCAUUUAAAUACAAAAACACUGCCAGUGUAAAGCAACAAAUACACAAAGGGACGAAAAAAGUAAUAUUGUAAAUCGAAAUGGCAACAGAAGAAAUACACAGGUCAUAAAAUAAUCAUGCAAGAAAGUUAGUUCAUAAUCUCAGGAAAGCUGAUGCUAAAAUUCAAAAAAUGACUCAAAAGGAAUUAUUGAAUCAAUCCAAUGGAAUAAAAAUUUGUUCCUGACAGAAAAAAUUUACUCGAUGUCCUUUUUUUGUUCCUUACUGCUGAUGUUGAACUGAAGUUCUCCAUUUUAACAUAAGAUCUUUGAGAUCUGCAGAGAUGCAGUCAAAAGAAAGAAUCAAAGUAAACCUGUACUUUUACCCUUUACUUGACUUGUUUUCUAAAUUUAUCUGAACUAAGAGAAAAGAAAUAAGAAGAAAAUGGACAGAGAGUAAAUUGUGACGUAAUUACACAUUCCAGUAAAUUAAAACCACACUGUGCUUGUCAAGCACUGAGAACUGCAGUGCCUAGACUUAGUUAGAGCUGAUUUUAUGUUGGGCUGGGGUCUGAUUGAAGUACAGGUCAGCUUCCUGAGUGUUUGUUUUACUGCCUGAAAAUGACUUCCAUCACAUCCCACUUAGACAUGUAUUGAUCACAUGAAUGAAAACAAAUGAGACUAAUAAAAUCUGAGGGGAGUACUUUUACAUUCCACAGUUUGUGUUUGUCUUUUGGAGGUGUGUAUGUGUGUCUGCACUUUGUGCGCGUGUUGGUAUAUGGACUUUUUACUCUCUGUGUGCAUCUACAAUGAGCUAGAGU